AUGCAACACAUCCAUACUCUCUUCGCCAUUUUCCUCAGCCUCGCUGCCACCUCCUUAGCAGCCCCGCAGUUACCCCUUGAGCGCGUAGGCGGUACUGUGACAGGCCUUACCACUGCCAAAGGUGGAUUGCUUGGUGCCAGUCUCCUGGCUAAAAGUCGACGUACAGAAAAUAUCGGUAUAGAUGGAGACAGUGAAAAUGACAAAUCAUUUUUGAAAAUACCAGUUCACCUCGUUUGA